GCCUCGCCUGCGUUGCGUCGCCUGGAUUCUCUUAUUCCCCCAGCCCUCGUCUUGUCGUCUCAUGGCGUGCGUGCUCGAUUUCCGGUGCCUCGACGAAGGAAUCGGGGGCCAGAAGAACAAGGGCAAGAGAUCCAAAUCCGAUGGCCCCGAAUCCAUGGACGUCGACCCCCACGCCGCCGCCGGUGGCGACGCAGGGGAUGCCAUGCUUCCGCCAUCGAAGUGGCCCGCCCUCCCCUCCGUCGAGAACCCGGAUAAGCCUGCCUUUGGCCAGCCCACCUUCGACGGUGUGAUCGCCGGCAAGGUCUCCGGCCGGAAGUGGAUGCAGGCCCGCCCCCGACGGGCGUUCGCCAGCGCCUCCCGCCGCGGCUCCUCCCUCGAGCUCCGGAGGAGGGAGAAGGAGCUGAAGCGGGCAUUCCGGGAGCGAAAGGAGGAGCUCAAGGAGGAGAUCCGGCGGAACAAGGAGGAGAAGAGGAAGAGGAGAGAGGAGAGGGAGAAGAGGAAGCAGGAGAACACUCUGAGGACGGGCACGAAGCUCCAAAAGAUUACCAAUCCCAAGACCUUGAAGAAGAUCGCCAAGUCGACGCAGAGGAAGCUGCUCAAAGUCGUCCCGGAUGAGCUGAUCAACAAGAAUAACAGCAAUAAUAAGAAAAAUUAGGCGCCUUCUGGUUGAUGUUAUGAAUGGUGUAGUGUUGGCAUUGACAAGUUAUUUGCACGUUUAAUUUGUGGAUGACAGCCUCAAGUUUUUCAAGUACAAGAGCGAAUGUAGACAACAUAAUGUUCUAUGGAAUACAAAAGUGGCACUAUUAUUUAAAAUUUCUAUUUUUGUUAAAGCUGGGUGGUACAUCCUUCUCUAGGUUCUCAGUUUGGGUGGGGGACUGUUCUGGUGAAAUGGAGGAUGGUUUUUUCAGCUAUUCCUAGAUCUUAUCUGCAGUGAAGGCUUUUCACAAAAGGAAAAAAAGUGGUUGGUGAAACAAUGAAAGCUUUUAAGGGAACUUGGAAAAGGAUGUUAUCUUUUUUAAUGUUGGAAGGUGCAAAAUAUUAUCUCGUACUGUUUCAGUUAACUAAAUUUAGGUCCAAUGGUUGCCACUCCUUUCCUAAGAGAUUUAAACCCCAGUAGUAGCACAUUACCACUGUAUUACUUGAAAAGCUGAACUUAAUCUUAUCUUUUGGUAAUUUUUCUGUAUUCAAUUGAUAGAUAAAUGCAGUUCUUUGAAUAUGAUCCUC